CUGUGAGCGCUGUGUUGGCGCCAUUACAGUUCUUGGUUUUCGUCGGUGAGCACUUGCAUCAUGUCGCACUCGCAGGACAGAACUGAGUUUCUCAACUCGAUUAACGAGCUAAACGGUGGAAACGACAUGCCCACGUUUCUCUUCACAUCGGAGUCCGUCGGCGAAGGACAUCCAGACAAGGUGUGCGACGCGAUCAGCGAUGCGAUACUCGACGCUCACCUCAAGCAGGAUCCGCACGCAAAGGUAGCCUGCGAGACGGUUACAAAGACGGGAAUGAUCCUGGUGGCGGGAGAGAUCACGUCGUCCGGCUGCGUCGAUUACCAGAAGGUCAUCCGCGACACCAUCAAGGACAUCGGCUACGACGACUCGCUGAAGGGCUUCGACUAUCGAACGUGCAACGUGCUACUCGCUGUCGAGCAGCAGAGUCCAGACAUAGCUAACGGCACGCACGCCAACCGCACCGACGACGACGUCGGGGCAGGCGACCAGGGAAUAAUGUUUGGCUACGCUACGGAUGAGACGGAGGAGUGCAUGCCGCUAACGAUCAUGCUCGCGCACAGGCUCAACGCGAAGCUAGCAGAGCUGCGACGCAACGGACAGUUAAAGUGGUCGCGGCCGGACAGCAAGACGCAGGUGACGUGUGAGUAUGCGUUUCACCACGGCGCGUGCCUGCCGCUGCGCGUUCACACGAUCGUCAUCUCGGCGCAGCACGACGAGGACGUCACCAACGAGCAGCUGCGUGACGAUCUCAUGAACAAGGUCAUCAAGCCGGUGAUUCCGCAGCGCUACUUGGAUGAGAACACCGUCUACCACCUCAACCCCACCGGUCGCUUCAUCAUCGGCGGACCCAUGGUACGUUACAGAACAGCUGCUCAGUCACUCCCUUGCUUUACUAGCAUUAGCGAUUGGGAUUUGGACCUGCGGAAGCCCAUCUACCAGAAGACGAGUGCGUACGGACACUUCGGACGUCCGGAGUUCACGUGGGAGGUACCAAAGAAGCUGCAGUUCUAGUGGCGCGACCUUCCGUCGAUAUCUGCCGUCGUCACCGCCUGGUGGCAGCACCUGUCGAGCGGCGGUCGUGCGUUGCGUUUGCGGUUGUUGUAUAUUUUUUGACGCGCCGGUUUCGUUGGAUCGUUCGCUGCUGUGUCGUUAGCCUUGUUACCGUGGCAACGCCGGGAGAGAGAGACGUCCACCGCGGGUGGGGUGGGGGGGGGGUCGUUCGUGUCACGUCCGCUGCGUUCGUCGUACACUGCGCACAGUUCUUACCUUCCGUGAGGAACGAGGAUUGGUUUGGCGGCGUUGGCGAGAGGAAAUCUCUGGUGUCUGGCGGACGAACCAGCAUCUAGUAAACGUAUCGGAACGUACCGGGGGAAUCGUAUCGGAGCCCUGCACUCCUGCGUUAGUGGUCCUGGCGGACGAAACGGCGUCUAGUAAACGUAUUGGAACGUACCGGGGGGAAUCGUAUCGGAGCCCUGCACUCCUGUGUUAGCGGUCCUGGCGGACGAAACGGCGUCUAGUAAACGUAUUGGAACGUACGGGGGGGAUAGCAUCGAAGUCCUGCACUCCUGUAAUUAGUGGUCCAAUAUGGCACGAGGUUUUUUUCGUGGCACCGAAAAGCGUCGUUACGUCCUUGUAUGGAGUGAUUAGAGUCGGCGCGUAGCUAGGAAAAUUAAAGUAUUAUUUUACACGGCGUUGUAGUACGGCGCGUUUCCCGACAUCGCAGAGUACGAUCCCGAGUUAAAGGCAAGAGAACUAGUUUACUCAAAUUGCUUCAGUGUAGCGUAGGUAGUAGUACACUGGCAAUAUAUCGUAAUGGUCACAUCUACAAUGGGUGGGGGGGGGUGGAGUUAGCUUUUGCCCUUUUUUCUUUUUUUUAAAUAUUUAUUUAGGCAAUUAUCCAUCGUAUACA